AUGUCAUACGGAAACGAUCGCUACGGUGGUGACGACGGCAACUACUCCGGCCGUAACGAAGGCAACUACGGUGGCCGUGAUGAGUACGGUGGCCGUGAUGAGUACGGCGGCAACAGCAACAGAGGUGGAUACGGCGGCGGCGGUCGCCAGGAGUAUGGCAACUCUCAAGGAGAAUUCGGUGGACAAAGACACGGCGGUCAGAACGAUGGCUACGGUCAAGGAAACUCCGAAUAUGGCGGCCAGAACCGCCGCGACGAUGACUCUGGCUAUGACCAGCGUAGAGAUGAGCUGAGAAACCACGCACAAUCAGGUUACGGUUCGGUCGCCGGCCCUGGAGGCUACGGAAGAGGACAGGAAGGAUAUGGCGGCCCUGGCGACAGAGUUGACUCCAACAACCCUGAAAGCAGAUAUGGCUCUGGUUACGACGACGGCGAUCGCUACAACGGCCGCAACGAUGGAGGUUACGGCGGCGGCAAUGGUGGCCAGGGACACUCGAGUGGCACCUCCUAUGGCGGCGUCCCUGGUGGCUCCGAUGACUACUCGUCCGCAGCUCACACCGCAGCCCAGCAUGCUGGCAAUUCUGGCGACUCGAACCUGUUUAGCACUGCCCUUGGCAUGCUCUCGGGCCACAAGGCACAGCAGGAAGAUGUUGAUGAAGACGAUGCUAUCAGACAGCACCAGCAGUUCUACGGCGGAGCUGGCCAGCCUCAUCCAGCCAGUUCUGGCAGCAUGGGUUCGGCCGCCGCUAUGCAGGCCCUCAAGAUGUUCAACCAGGGAGGCAGCUCGUCCGGAAGCGGAUCCAAGAGCCAGAACGACUUUAUCGGUCUUGCCAUGUCCCAAGCUGCUAAGCUCUUUGACCAGCAAAGCUCCCAGGGCAACGUGCACCAGCAAGCUUCAAAGCAGGACGCCGUCUCCUCUGCUGCUCAGAUGGCCCUCAAGAUGUACAUGAAGAGCCAGGGCGGUGGCGGUAACAGCAGCGGUGGCGGCCUCAUGGGCCUCAUGAGCAAGUUCAUGUAA